AAACGCUGUAGUUCUACGGGCGACUACUCGCACGGUUUAUGCGACUUAAAAGAAAUUAAAAAAAAAAAAAAACUACAAGGCGGCCUUCUCGGCUUCCGUUCAGUUUCCGCAUCCGCUUCUGAAAAAAAAAAAAGAAUUUCUGCCCCAUUUGUCAAUUCAACGCUGAACCGUUUCCGCGAUGCCUCGCAUCGAGAAUGACAUCAAGUUGGACUUCAAGGAUGUGCUCCUCCGACCCAAGCGGAGCACCCUCAAAUCGAGGAGCGAGGUGGACCUGCUGAGGAGCUUCACCUUCAGGAACUCCAAGGGAAGCUACACCGGCAUCCCCAUCAUCGCCGCCAACAUGGACACCGUGGGCACCUUCGAGAUGGCCCGGGCUCUGAGCAACUUCAGCAUCUUCACCGCUGUCCAUAAGCAUUACUCCGCGGACGACUGGCGGGGGUUUGCGGCCAAGCACCCGGAAUGCCUGGAGAACGUCGCGGUCAGCACCGGCACCGGCGACGCGGACUUCGACAAGAUGUCCAGCAUCUUGGCAGCCGUGCCGCAGCUGCGGUACAUCUGCGUGGACGUGGCCAACGGCUACUCGGAGCAUUUCGUGCACUUCGUCAGGGACGUCCGGCAGAAGUUCCCCUCGCACACCAUCAUGGCCGGAAACGUCGUGACAGGAGAGAUGGUGGAGGAGCUGAUCCUGGCCGGCGCGGACAUCAUCAAAGUGGGCAUCGGACCAGGCUCCGUCUGCACGACUCGCAAGAAGACGGGCGUGGGGUACCCGCAGCUCAGCGCGGUGAUCGAGUGCGCCGACGCAGCCCACGGCCUGAACGGCCACAUCAUCUCGGACGGGGGAUGCACUUGCCCGGGAGAUGUCUCAAAGGCUUUCGGCGCCGGAGCGGACUUCGUGAUGCUGGGGGGCAUGCUGGCCGGCCACUCCGAGAGCGGCGGCGAGACCAUCGAGAAGCUCGGCAAGAAGUACAAGCUGUUCUACGGCAUGAGCUCGGAAGUAGCCAUGAAGAAGCACGCCGGCGUCCUGGCUGAGUACAGAGCGUCUGAGGGCAAGACUGUGGAAGUGCCGUUCAAAGGUCCCGUGGAGGCGACGAUGCGCGACAUCUUGGGCGGGGUCCGCUCCACGUGCACCUACGUGGGGGCGGCCAAGCUGAAGGAGCUGAGCCGCAGGACCACCUUCAUCCGGGUCACCCAGCAGCUCAACACCGUUUUCGGCAACGACGGCUGAAGUCCCGGCGAAGUCUCCAAAAUCGGCCUCGUACGGACGGACGCGUUCGCUCACACUGCCGUUCCUGCCGCGUUACGCGCGUCCGGCCGUACUGGCAACGAUGCUUCGCUCCCUCUCGUCUUUCCGACAUUUGAAUUUUUGACAUCUUGUUCCUAGGCGUUGUCCUCCCCCGCAAAAACUCACCAAAGAUGUACAGUAACCCUCGCUAUUUACGGGCGAUAUGCGUAAUUGUGAAUAAUUGACAUCCCCAAAAGAUUUUGAAUAAGAUGGGGGGGGGGGUGUCCACGGGAGAGGACUACGAAUCUCCUUAUGUCACUUCAGCACACUUCCUUGGGUCCAACGUGGCGGCAAAGCACGGUUUUAAUCUAAUUGAACUCAGUUCAACGUUGUUUCUCAUCACCAAAUUACCCCAAGAUGGCGGCAAAGUACCGUAAUUCCCGGCCUACGAGCCGUGAAUUUUUUAGCCGCGCUAACGUUAAACUGUGUACCGGAGCUCAUCGGCAGGUGCGCUCUGCAGGCCGGGAAUUACGGUAACCUACAGGAAAUACCUCAACGCACUUCAACAUUGGAAAUUUGCCCCGAGAUGGCGGCAAAGUUACAUUUUUAUUGCUUCACCUUGAGCACAAAAUAAGCAGCGACGACGCGAGGUGGAGUUCACUGUACGCUCGUCUCAAUUUACUCCUAAAGUGACUCAGAAGUUGACUGCAAAGUAAAAAUCGGAGCCUCUUUUAUCCGACGGCAGUCGGGUCGCCAGCGCGGUUACAUGAAGAGCGUUACAUUGUUUGUGGUUAACACAGGAAAUGCUAUUUAGUGCACCAAUAAAAUGAAACUGGAUAACGUA